AUGUCUGCCAAGUCUCUUGUGGAAGAUGCCAUCGCCGGGCACACAGUGGCAAUCUUCUCCAAAUCGUACUGCCCGUACUGCAAGCGAGCCAAGCAGCUUUUCGCGAGCAACUACGCCGACGUCGAUACCAUCAUAUACGAGCUAGACGAUCGCGACGACGGAGCUCAGAUACAAGACUAUCUUGCAGAGAAGACCGGACAACGAACCGUACCUAACAUCUUCGUCAACCAGAAACAUGUUGGAGGGAGCUCCGAUGUCGCUGCCUUACAGGACAAGGGCGAGCUCAAGGCGUUGAUUACCGCGUAA